AUGGAUGGCAGCGAAGCGCAACUUGAGCAACUGGGCAUUGAACUGGUCUCGCAAAGCGCUCUCGAAAAUGAGAUCGAGAGCAACGCUCAGAGCUUAAUCGACAAGCGUUCCUUAGAACAGGAACAUCAAAGGCUUGAGCGGAGCCAAAAUGCGCUGGGGAAGCUUUUAACAAAACGUGAGAUGCUUAAACGUAAGAUGAGAGCAGCUUCACGAAUAAGUGUGAGAGCGAAGCUUGAAGCACAGAUACGGGAACUCGAUGAAAACGAGAUAAGAUCUUUGGAGGAUGAUGUUUCGGACAUAAGAAGCCGCCUCAAAGAGCUUUCCAAGUCGACCGCAGACAAUAAUGAGACAGCUCCUUCUGAAAGGCAACCUGGAGAAUCUGAAAGGGAUUACUUGAUUCGUACUGGGAAAACUACGGCGUUUGGGACGGAAUCAGGAUUUAUACUAGACCGAGACGGCGAUGAAGACCCGACAGUAUUAAGCGACGGUCACGAAUCUGUGACAUCCGAUAAUGAAGAGGAUUAUCAGGUUGAAGCAGAUAAGUCCGACGCGUCGAGUGAGGGUUUAGCCAGCGAGUUUAGCGAAAGCGCUGAGGACAAAGAAGCACCAAAAGCCGCAAGUUUUAUAGAUGAUGGCGAUGAGCUUAACUACCAAAAGAGGCUCAAAAAUUGGGUUAGGGAGAGAAGCAGCCGAAGGCUGAAGGAUCCGAAUCCAGAACUCGAAGAGUAUAGGAAACCAAAUCCAGGCCUCCCAGAUGCCACGCUCAAUGAUGAUUUUAGGAUCCCAGGUGAAAUUUUUCAGUCUCUAUUCAAUUAUCAGAAGACUUGUGUACAAUGGCUUUAUGAGCUUUACCAGCAACAGUGCGGAGGCAUUAUUGGUGAUGAGAUGGGUCUUGGAAAGACAAUCCAGAUAAUUGCAUUUUUAGCUUCCCUGCAUCACUCUGGUAAGUUGAAUGGGCCCAUUCUUGUCGUAUGCCCGGCUACCGUGCUGCGACAAUGGUGCAAAGAGUUCCAUACGUGGUGGCCACCAUUCCGGGCCAUAAUAUUGCACUCUAUCGGUGCAGGAAUGACUCAAAAAGAGAAUCUCAGUGAACAAAAGCUAGAAGAGCUUUUCAUGAAUUCUAACCCAGAAGAGUUUUCAUUCGACGCUUACACUAACUCAAAACGAACAAAGAGCAUUUUGGAGAGUAGCUUAACGAGGGAUAAUUUAAUAAAUAAGGUUGUUACCGAUGGACACGUUUUGAUAACUACUUAUGUUGGUCUCCGAAUACAUUCAGACAAGUUACUUAAUGUUCGGUGGGGAUAUGCGGUUUUAGACGAAGGUCACAAAAUUAGAAACCCGGACGCUGACAUUUCUCUGACGUGUAAGCAACUCAAGACCAAAAACAGAAUAAUUCUUUCAGGAACUCCAAUCCAAAACAACUUGACGGAGCUUUGGAGCCUUUUUGACUUUAUCUUCCCAGGGAGAUUAGGCACCUUGCCAGUGUUUCAACAGCAGUUUUCUGUUCCAAUAAACAUGGGUGGUUAUGCUAACGCUACAAAUAUACAAGUCCAAACGGGCUACAAGUGCGCUGUGGCAUUGAGAAAUUUGAUAUCCCCCUAUUUGCUACGGCGUAUAAAGGCGGAUGUUGCAAAAGAUCUGCCGAGGAAAAAUGAGAUGGUUCUCUUUUGUAAAUUAACACAGUAUCAACGAAACAAGUAUUUACAGUUUCUCAAUUCAGAGGACCUGGUUAAGAUCAAAAACGGAAAAAGACAAGUUUUGUUUGGGAUCGAUAUACUGAGGAAGAUAUGCAACCACCCUGACCUCCUGGAAAGAGAGCAAAGACAAAAUGAAGAUUCUUAUGGUGACCCUAAGAGAUCUGGUAAGAUGCAGGUUGUCAAACAACUCUUGAAGUUAUGGCACAGCCAAGGCCACAAGACUCUUCUAUUCACACAAUCGCGACAAAUGCUUGAUAUUUUGGAGAGAUUUAUAAGCUAUAAAGACCCGGAGCUUGAAGAAUUGACAUAUCUUAGGAUGGACGGAACAACAAGCAUUGGGGCCCGUCAGGCACUCGUAGACUCUUUCAAUAAUGGAUCAUAUGAUGUUUUUUUGCUAACGACAAGAGUUGGAGGGCUAGGAGUGAAUCUCACGGGAGCAAAUAGAAUAAUUAUCUUCGAUCCCGAUUGGAAUCCAUCUACUGACAUGCAAGCUCGUGAGAGGGCCUGGAGAAUCGGCCAGAGAAGGGAAGUUACCAUCUACAGACUAAUGAUAGCAGGAUCUAUCGAAGAAAAGAUUUAUCACAGACAAAUCUUCAAACAAUUCUUGACCAAUAAAAUCCUAACCGACCCGAAGCAGAAGCGGUUUUUUAAGAUGAAUGAACUUCAGGAUCUCUUUACAUUAGGCGGAGAAACGGGUCUAACUAAUGAAAACCUUGAAAGCGAAGUGCAAAAGCAAACUGAAAAUAUAAAAAAGUCAAGAAGCGAUGAGAGUGAUGAUUUUGACAAGGUUGUUCAACUCUCCGGAGUCUCAAAGCUUGAAGGUUUUUUUGGCGGCAAAGAGAAUGAAGAAAAAAAUAAAGGCGAAGAAGAGCGCCUAAUGGAUGGCUUGUUCGGAGGAAACGUUGAAGGAGUCAAAAGCCAUAGUUCUGUAAUUGAACAACAUUCAAAGCCUUCUACAGACAUAAUAACAAGAGAAGCGACGAAGGUAGCGGAAGAAGCCCUUGCCGCCUUAAAAAAGUCAAGGAAGACGACAAAGAAAUUUGAAAUAGGAACGCCAACGUGGACCGGAAAAUUUGGCGCCGCUGGAAGAGUCACCAAAAAAAAGUCCGCGACAUCGCUUUCGGGAUCUGCUGCUAUUCUAUCCAACCUUCGGAAAGGUCAAAUUAAGAACGGCAGUGACACAACAAAUGAGCCAAGCAAAGAAAUCAAGAAAGGCAGUGAGCUACUCGGAAAAAUACAAGAGUACCUCAAAAGAAAAGGUGGCUAUUCGGCUAAAUCUGCCGAAAUCUUAGAACAUACUGGUUUUCGGCUGAACGAGAAAGAAGAUAUCACGAAGGUUCGCGCCCUGCUCAAACAAAUAGCAACUUUCGAAUCUGGGAAGGGCCGAUGGUUGUUGAAAGAUGAGUUCAGGUCAUAG